AAGAGCCCAAGGAGCAUCUGCCGUUCCCCUCUGGCACAAUCAAUUCGCGUAUACACAGUCCGUCCGUGGGGUUUUUAGCCGCUCUCCCGGAGCAACCUGCUGCUUGCGGCACAGGCCGUGUCCAAGCUUGGGGCUCUGCGACGCUUUAAAGGCCUUUCGUCUCCUCGGCUUUCGUUACCCCGCUAGCGACUCCGUUAGCCACCAUCACCGUCCUAUCAACCGAGCCUCGCUGCCCUUCAGCGCAAUCGGAACCGCGGCCGGAAACCCAGAACUCUGCCAUCGUUCUCGUCAACUGCUCUUUCCGAGGUUAAAUCCUACCUACAUUCGCCAUGAGGCCCGCCACCGCUGCCAGCGCGGCCUUCCGCUCAGCGACCGCAAUUGCACGACUCCCUCGACCACAAGCCUGCGGUUUUGCGACUCGGUACCUAGCCUCCCAAACAGCUGCGAAGUCGGCCCAGCUCUCGACGACGCGACGAACCACCGCAACCACCUCGUCUGUAGCUACACCAGGCUACACCACCCAGAUUGGGCAGCACAGAAUGGCGUCUUCUACGGGAGUCAAGAAGAUCAAGGUCAAGAACCCGGUGGUGGAGCUGGACGGUGAUGAGAUGACCAGGAUCAUCUGGCAGGUCAUAAAGGACAAGUUCAUCCACCCGUAUCUCGACAUCGACCUCAAGUACUACGAUCUUGGUCUGCCCUACCGUGACGAGACAAACGACCAAGUUACCCUCGAUGCCGCCGAGGCUAUCAAGAAGUACUCUGUUGGUGUCAAGUGCGCGACUAUCACGCCGGACGAGCAGCGAGUGGAGGAAUUCAAGCUCAAGAAGAUGUGGCUGUCGCCAAACGGCACCAUCCGGAACCACUUAGGAGGAACCGUCUUCCGCGCACCCAUCGUUAUCCCCCGCAUCCCUCGUCUCGUACCAAGCUGGAAGCAGCCCAUCAUCAUCGGCCGUCAUGCGUUUGGCGACCAAUACCGUGCCAAGGACCGUGUGAUUCCUGGCGAGGGCACACUGGAGAUGGUCUUCACACCCAAGGGCGGCAAGCCCGAGGUCAUCAAGGUCUACGACUACCCUGCUGGCGGAGGUGUGGCUCAGACCCAGUACAACACCACCGACUCCAUCUCAGGGUUUGCCCACGCCUCGUUCAAGAUGGCCCUCGACAAGAAGCUGCCACUCUACAUGAGUACCAAGAACACCAUCCUGAAAGCAUACGAUGGCAAAUUCAAGGAUGUCUUCCAGGAAAUCUACGAAAGCCAGUACAAGAAGGACUUUGAGGCUGCGGGCAUCUGGUACGAGCAUCGUCUGAUUGACGACAUGGUCGCCCAGAUGAUCAAGAGCGAGGGCGGCUACAUCAUCGCCUUGAAGAACUACGAUGGAGAUGUCCAAUCCGACAUUGUCGCCCAGGGUUUCGGCUCCCUCGGCCUGAUGACCUCCGUCCUCAUCACCCCCGACGGCAAGACGUUUGAGGCCGAAGCCGCCCACGGCACCGUCACCCGUCACUUCCGUGAGCACCAAAAGGGCAAAGAGACCUCCACCAACCCCAUCGCCUCCAUCUACGCCUGGUCACAGGGUCUCGCGAAGCGCGGUGAGCUCGACAACACACCUGAGCUUGUCGUAUUUGCCGAGCAGCUUGAAAAGGCUUGUGUCGACACCGUCGAUAUCGAUGGCAUUAUGACAAAGGAUCUGGCGCUGGCGUGUGGAAAGAAGGACAGAGGUAGCUGGGUUACUACAAAUGAGUACCUUGAUGCGGUAGAGCGGAGGCUGAAGGCUAGCUUGAAAGAGAAGCUAUAAGCGGGGUUCGGAGAUGCGGGGGAGACCCUGGAAAAAGGACUGGAUUGAAUGAUCUCACGAGUAUAUAUUUGGAUACUUACGUGCAUGUAGAUGGAGUUUUUGCUUACUACAUGCUAGACAGUAAAUAAACAAGAUCAAAGACACAAAUUGUGCAGCCGAAGUUGUGCCAGCUCGUGCACGUUUUCAUGUCUCACGGCAUCAUGCAUGUCGGGUGGUAUUUGUUUGUUACACACGUUGAUUCAAAACAUGUGUUGCGACCUCUGCCUUGA